GAAAGGGAAAGGGGAAGAGAAAGAGAAAGAGAGAGUAGAAAGAAAGAAAGAAAAUUAGAAAACGAAUGAAACAGACCAAGAAAGGGAAAGAAAAAAAGAAUAAUCCCAAGUGAGUGCAUUUACAAGCACCCACUCCUACCCCCUCCCUUCACCGCCCCUUGCUCCCUCUCGCCUGCAGUUCUUCAAGUCGCGAGCCGUCAAAUGCUGCCGCCGCGCUCUCCUCGGCCGCGGUUUCUCCCGUCGGGGGGAAGGGCAGCUUCCACAUGCCCUCUCUCCUGCAGGGGAGGAAGGUCUCGCGCACCAACACUCCUCCCAAGGACUCCCUCGCCAACGAGAAGAAAGAGGGCUCACCCCGCCCGGACGCCGCCUCCGCCGCCCCUCAGCCUCCCAAGAUCGUCCCCGCCCACAAGUCCUCCUACUACAGCGACUCCGGCACCGGCUCCUACUCGGGCGUGGACGUGCCGUUGGUCGCGGGCGUAGAGGUGCCCUUAGUCGACGGGGUGGAGGCGCAGGCGCUGUCGCAGGACGCCCUCCUGCGUGCGGGCUCCAAGGGCGGCUCCCUCCACCAGACCCUGAGCAAGAGCCUGUCCGUGGUGAUACCCAUCCCGCUCUUCACCUCCGAGCAGUACCGCGUGGCUGCCUGCGGGCGUGGUGAGUGUGGGGGCGGACACUACUGCCUGGUGGGCGGCGAGCAUCACCUCGACUGCUUCUCUCGUCCCGUGCAGAGGUACAGCUCGUCUGCUUCUGCUUGCGAGCGUACCAGGUCGCCGUUCAUCACAGUCAGCGAUUGUGAAGACACGGGCGUCUUCCGCAGCAAGUCCUGGAGCUGCCAUACGCACCAGGACCCGCAGCCGCAGUACCGCACUCAGAGCACCCAGACCCUCACCUGCGGCUACCCGUGCGCCGACGAUGCGCAGGGUGCCCCUCAGCCUUCGACGCAUCUGAAGGCCAACCACCAACCCGUCAGCUGCGAGACGCCCUUGCUGACAGGAGCCGCGUCUCAGGAUCACCUCCUCGUCGCUGACUGUGGUCGGGGGAAGCUCGGAGCUCCGCAGCAGCAGGCGACUCCGAGCCCAGCUGACUUUCCGAAACAGUCCGAAUCAAAGGGUUGACUUCAGAGGAUUUGAAACUGUUUACGUGUCCGAGUGCGUUCGUUUUUUCCUCAAUAUAGUCUCGUAUAGAACGACAUUAUUUGGAAUCUUUUGUCUCUGUGCUAAAAAAAAAGAAAGAAAAAAGAAAAAAAAAA